AUGUCGGGAGAGGUUUAUCUCAUGUGGCUGCUCUCUUUAAUACAAACGGUGAGUAUCUUCGACACCUUAAAAAAACAUUUGUUGUAGCAUGUAAAGAACUAUCUCAUUAGCAGUAAGGCGUGUUGAAUGUAUUCAGAGUUUGACGGUGUGUUCAGCUGGAUGAGCCGCAUCCUGCUUCGCCUAGAGCCUCAAAAUGACGUGGCUUACCGUCAAAACCCGAGAGCCCCGAGCAGAAAGUGCAGCGCACUUAAUGUUUAUAUUCUUAUAUGACACGAGGUGUAUAUGAUGGAUAAACAUAUCGAUGUGUCAAAAUGUCAGUUUUGAAAGAGAAAACGAUACCUAAUCGAGUCUUCCGGUAUUCCGAAAACUUCUUACCCCCAUCCAAAUCUGCGCUCCGCUCUGCGAAAAACGAAACCUGCACUUAUGCUACUGCUCAUUCAAUUAUUUCCGUCUUUUCAGCAAAAGUUAUGUGGACUAAAGGGAAAGUCUUUCACUCUCGACAUGUUAAGGGUGUAUGAAUUUAUUCUGAAUCUAAGCGUGAAAGAUCACACUAGUUUCCCAAACCUUGAAAGUGAAAACAGUUUAAGAGUAUUUAGUUUUCUUUAUGUGAAGAAAAAGCUGACUAAAGAAAGUGAAAAUCGUGUUCAGCAGCAGCAAGAUCAUUUGUUUUUUAAUCGUGACAUAGGGAUUUUUAACCAACAGCAAACAGGAUCAGUACACCUCAGACUAACAUCCUGGAAGUUAGUUUGCCUACCUGUUAAUCCACAUUCCCACUCUUGUAAUUAUGAGCAAGUCUAGCAGAGGAUGUUAACGUCCGUUUUAGUAAAUAAAGUUCAUGAGGCAGAUAGCCCUUGUUUUGGACCAAUAUGUAUUGACAGUAAAAUCAAGUCUGUCUUAUAUUACUUGGAAUUUGGAACAUUACAAAUGCUAACAUAAUGCUUUAUGAAUGUUGCCAACCGCUUGCUUUUCUAGUUAUACCAAAUUUAGUAACGGCUGCACGAUAGCAAUACACAGCGGUCUGAGGAACAAUUAUCAAACAUCAACAGUACAUAUAGGGUCCCAGCCAUAGUACUAGCCAUCAAACAUCUUUUUAGCUUUGCCUAAUUUCCUUAGCAACACAACUCACACAACUAAACACAACUCACCUACUCUCUUCCCGCAGCUGCUUGUUUCUAGUGAGACCUCAGGCCAGUCCAUUACGGACUACAGCGGGGUGAUGCAGUUCAAGGAAGAACAUUUAUGAUCAUUACUUUAUCAUUUCCUAGCAGUAAUAAUCAUCAUAUUAAUCAUUUUGCACUGCAGAUCCGAUAGUUCUUCUGCCUUAGCGUCUCGGUCUGAUUGCAUUUCCUUGAAGAAAUGAUUUUAAGUGUUCUUCCUUGAGCUGCAUCACCCCGCAGCAGUCCAUAAUGGACUGGCCUGAGGUCUAACUUAGUGUUAUGGUGUGUUUGACCUUAAUUUUAUUUUAUGCUGGAAUAUCCUGUUUAUCAGUUAAACCCACAGUGCAGUUGUGGGCUGUGAGAGCCGUGAGAAAUCCAGCCAAUCAGAUGAGGUUUUAUAAGGAGGACAUUAGGUGAAACAGAGAAGUGAGUGAAAACAGACCUAAACUGGCAGCAUAACCAAGAAACACACUUUUCUAUCAACGAUCUGUAUGAUAAAAAAAUACAGGAAAUCAGCUUGGUGACGAACAUCAUCACUAAUGAGCCACCAAGGCUGACAAUCCUCGUCAACCCUCAGUGUAAGCAACACUCAUUUACAGCUUAAUAGGGCUGAGAGUAACAUUAUUAGUUCUUCAUCUUAUACUUACUCAAUGUGCUGUCAAUCAGACACAGGUUUUAGAUACUAAUUUAUCAGGCAUAUUGAUGGAUUAACAGCAUACAGCAGUAUUGUCAUUUUUGUUUUACAGUCCUAUAGCUUGAUAAAGCAUUAUUGUUGUCUUAGGUGCACAGUACACUUGAGGGUGUAAUUUCAAGUUAAACUGGCAUUUAGAGAAGUAAAUUGAAACAUUAUGGUGAAAUCAUGUCAGUGUUCAUUUCAGGAAUUUAUUGCUAAUUUAAAGCACAAAAUGAUCAGAAUCAAGUUUACUGCCAAGCAUGUUUUUAAUGUACAAGUUAUUUGUUUUGAUGUAGUGGUAGAGAAACGAUGAACACUGAAGAAAGCCAGUAAGCAGCAUUAACCCCAACUGCAAUGGGUAGUAAAUCAAAUCAGACAAAAAUGAAAAUAAAAAGGAAUAAGAGCUAAAAAAAAAAAAAUAGAAGAAUGCAAAUUAUGUCUAAUGGGCGUGCUGUUGGGGAGAAUUUCGCAAGGUAGUGGUGAGAGCAAACAUUUUAGAGUAUCAAAUUAAGAAACAGUAGGACUCUGCUAAAUUGCAACCCAUCGUAUUCCUGUUAAAUUCAGGCUUUAUAAAUGUAAUGCUUUUGAACCGUCACAACGUUUAUUCUGUCACAAUGUUUCAUUCUUUGGCUUUUAACACAACCUAAUCACAUAUUGUCUGUUUAUUAAUUACUUCUUAAUUGCUUUUAUCUGCUCUGCUCUCGUAUUUCGCCGAUUUGUUAUCUUGUUUGUUUUUUAAUGUCUGUGUAAAGCACUUUGGUCAACUUGGUUGUUUUUAAAUGUGCUCUCCAAAUAAAAUUGUAUCGUAUUGUAUAUGCAGUGAUUCAUGUUUUCCCCAUUUCUCCUUCCUCUCUGUUUUCCAUUCAGCUGUCGGCGUACGGUGCCGACCUGUCGUCUGAAGCAUGCAGAGAGCUGGGCUUCUCCAGCAACCUGCUGUGUAGCUCCUGUGACCUGCUGGGGGAGUUCAGUCUCACCAAGCUCCAGCCUGACUGCGGGCAGUGCUGCCAGCAGGAGGCCCAGAUGGAGGCGCGCAAGGUAAGAUGAACAACAGAGCCUGGAGAAGUGACACACGGGAAGUGAUUACCUGUGUUGAUUCAGUCACAGCAAGGAGCGGUAUUUAAAAACCUCAAGAUUAGCGAGAGUGCAGAUGAUUAGAACCGAGGUCAACGAAAGUGCGUGUAGUGAUAUGAUCAGGAAAAAGGGUGUUGUGUUGUUUUAAGGUGCAUGAGUGAGACUUCAGCAGAUAUUUUAAUAUUGCAGCGUGUUUUGCUGUCAUUGUCUCUGAGAUUUAACAGAGGAUGGGUAGAUGGUUGUAGCACCAAGCGGACCCCCCUGUCAGGCUCCGUCAUGUUUAUUGACGGAUCACACCCACCGGUCUUUGAACUGUUGCUAAAAACAACCAGGUUGAAGACACACGCUGCAGCUGUGCGUCAGACCCCAGCUGCCACACACAAGCCCCCAUCACUGUCAGUCUUCCUCUCUGAUCUUUGGAGGCGAUGCUCCUUCACCGCAGCUCCGCUCUCCCGGUGGGGUCCAAGUUUUGCAGUAACAACCCUUCUGUAACCAGUUAGGGGGAGUUAGCAUGUGCUCAUUACUCCGGUGAUUGCAUCAAGUUCAAACAGGAGUCCCCGCUGAGCCCUGACGGAUAAACACCGAGUCUACUGAUGGCGGAAAAACAAUGCCAUUUUAUUUUGAUUAAGCAAAGCCCCCAGAGCAUGUGUGGUAUCCUAGCAACAGCACCUUAGAAAGAGGCUGGCACACACCUCAUUACACCUCCUUGAUGAUAAGUCUGUUUCAGAUAGACGCUUAAAGGAGCGAUUACUCUGCUUCCUCCUCAGGAUUUGAGUGAAAAUGUCGGUGGGAUGAGCAAUUGGCCGUCUCCAGCUGCACUCUGAGGGGAGCGGCAGAAAUGACAGUGUCGCUAAGCACAUUUUCUCCUCAGACGGCAACAAUUAUCUGCCUUAAGAAUUCUUUCAUUCUUGCAAUUGGCAUCAGUGCCGAAUCAUUAAACCCUCUGAGAAAUGGCUUAUUUCACAGCCUAGUCGAUUAGGAAGAUUCACUGAACACGGAGGGCAUUUUGGCUACAAUUUCCAAUGUGUGCCUCACAUAAGAGGCAACUCAGCUUUCCUGCUUGACACUUGAUCGUACCUUUCUUAAAGCCUUGCAGUGUCAGACAAGACCAAUUUAAGAAAGGAUUAAUAAACCGAUCAUGCUUACUAAGUUGUCUUGUGUUGCCAAAACUUGACACCACAGAACUUUAGUGUGCGUCUAAAAUUGUAGACACAAACAGGACUUAAGAUGUUCCACUAAUCAGCACAAAAACCCUGACGAUAGCUGUUAACAUAUGCGCUGAUUCCUCCUGUUUGUGCAGUGUUUGCUAGAGGCGGCAUUGCCAAGCUGUUGUUGAACAAUAUUCUCUAAAACAGUGAGAGCUGUUAAUGUUGUUUUGAUCAAAGAUUAGGGCCUGAGGAAAAACCUGUGAGCUUGAUGCUGAGGGCCACACACAGGUCUAACGUUACAGGGAGAAACAUUAACACAAUGUCAGAUUUGUGUGUUUAGAUUUCAGAGAAAAAAAGAAACCCACAGCUUAAUAUUGAGCCAUGAUGCAGGCCAAAUAUGUAGUUUAAUCCGGUUGGAGGCAUACAUACUAAUUAUUUGGAGCCAAAACUUGGAGUUUGCAACUAAAGGGAGAAAAAAGCCCCGACAGUGAACUCACUCAUGUUUAGAGUGAUCAUGUAUCGUAGGUAGAUGUUAAGAAUUGUUUGUAGUUACAUUUCUUUUAUUUCACUUUUGUGAAUUUUGCUCUGUUUAGCUGGUUUGUUGUUUUAAUACAGUAGUUGCCCUCUGCUUCUGCUUGUCAGUAGAAAAAGAGAGAAAAUGGACAGAGUUAAUAAGACAGCAAAACUUCCUUUACUUUGCCUUUUGAAAAGCUCAUCAGGAGCAUUUUGAAAUGUUACCAGCAAGUCUAGUCAGUUUUUCUGUCAUUUGUUAGGAUAGUCGUGUCCCCGCUCUGUUUGCUCAAAUGAAAAGCACGGAAAUUGAAUUUCAGCUGCACUAGAUUGUUUACAGAAAGACAGCAUGAAGAGAGGAAGUGUGGAGGAGAACAUCUCAGCUUUGCAUGCCUGAUUUAAUUUGCCGUGUGAACCAGUCACAUCAAGCUGUUUACUGCCCUCCUCCCUGAAACCUCCAGCGGAGCGCUGUCUUGAAAUACUGCUGUAACACUCCCAAUUUCCUCUAACUCAUUGUAUAUUGGUGCUGGAGGUUUGAUUACAAGUGAGCUGCACAUAAACCGCCAUCAAUCAGCUCAGCUCCAUAUGCAAGGACUCACGGUUUAAUGACCUCCAUGAAGUCGCCUGGACACAUUUAUGAAUCAGCCUGUCUGGAUCAAAUUACUCCUCAGGGCAGGAGUUCUACCUCUGUCUGUGUGUGUGUAUAUGUGUGUGUGGGUGUCUGUUUAUGUGCAUGAGCGUGUCCUCAUGGGCUUCUGUACUUUAUGUUUGUGCACACAGCUCUACCCUGGGGCCAUCCUGGAGGUGUGUGGAUGAAAACUGGGGAGGUUCCCUCAAGUCCAAGGUGAGUUCUCCACUGGAACAAACAUCUGUCAUACAGCAACUAUCUGUAGUGACUCUGCUGACCUGAAUUUCAGUCACCGUCUGGAUGCAGGAGUGAGUUGUUUUUGACGCGCUUCUAGUACAAUCCAAUGUCCAAUCCAGGGUUGUUGUUGUCGAGUUAUCUUUUUGCCAUUUAUUGAUUUAAUGAAAAACAAACAAAAAAGACAGAUACGUCCAACUUACUAUGAUGGUAGUAAAAACCAUGUGCUCUUACCGUUCCCCAGAUCACUGCUUCACCUGUGUCCCUUUGCAGCAUUUACCUGCCCACUCACCUGAAGUGCCCCUUGUGGUGAUUGUGCGAGUAACAAAACGAAACCCCCAAAAUAACAUAGAUGAAACGGCUCAUACACUAUCUAAACUUACUGACAAACUUCAUUUCCUUUGAACUCAGACUGUAUAAAACAUGGAUGGAAGAGAAGUAGAGACUGCAGCCGUAGCCACCUGGACAAUGGUUACAUUGUUGGUCACAUUAUCCUUCAGCCUAGUCAUAGUUGAUAAUGCAUAACUCUCAGCCCAAACAGGCGAGUUAAAACAAAAAUUCACUCCCUCUCUCUUCAGGUUUUUACCUAUUUUGUAGACCCAACAGGCUACAGACAUGUUUACGUCUGCAGUAAAACUGUAUCAGCCUCAAACGGACUCUCAGUGUCCUCCCCUUUAGUCUGCUUCUUUAUCUCACAGCACUAGCAACCACCAGUGUUAAACACUGAACCCAAGGUGGAUGAAUUAAACUGUGGUGUGUACUUGUGCCUGGCUCCAAAUGCCAACAAAAACCUCAUUACAGCUCAUAUCACACUUCUGGUUUUAAAGCAUAAUCAACAUGUUUACAGCCUGUUACAAAGAAAUCUGGUCUCUUCUUGUUCCUGGUUUUUUUUUUGGUAACAACUGUAUAGAGAUAGGGAAGAUAGAUCAUUUAAAGUUCAUCUGUUUUGAUUAUAUUAAGGCAAAGUGAUACUGUGUGGCUGAUUUGACUGUCAGGUGGGCAGCUGUUUUCUUGGCGGCAAAGUUGUGGGCUGAACGCCACCUUUCCAGGAGGCUUUCUCAAAUCUCUCUCUUCAUCAUCUCCUUACAUGUUUUACCUCAGCUUGCUCGCUUGUGUGGACAGUCAGACACGUCAAGAGGUGUCCAAAACCUCCAUGCACAGAGUCGUAGCGACCUGUCAGACCCUCAAACAACGAGCCUGCAUCUUUGCUGACUCACUCACCACAUGUAAAGGAAGUGACUUAAUAAACUAAGGACCUGUGUUUUUACCCACACAGACAUGAACUGCUUUUAUAAAAAAAAAACAGCAAUUGUUCCAAACAUGUUUAUGUUUAAAUGAGCUGAAAAAAGAGGCACCUGAAAUGUGAGAUUGAAAAUAAUUAGAUGCCUCUAAACUAAAAAAGAUGUAAGGGGGGGAAAGAGUCUGCUAAACAGUUAUUUAUGCAGACUGCUUAUAAUAAGCUUGCAGCCAUAUCUGAUCCCUCCACUUUGGUUUAAGGAUGCUCCAUGCAGCAGUGAGUAGGUUUGAGUAAAGAGGGACGGGCCCAAAAGUUACUGAGUCAGCUUUUUUUUUUUAUACAGCCACUGAUAUGUAUGGGUUUAAUGUCACCUCUUCAGAAAAACGAGUGAUAAGGGUAGGCAAAAUAAGCCAUGGGCUUCAGCCUACACCUACAGAAGAAUGUAUUUGUAUAUUUGCAAAGAACAAUCAAAUCUGAAAUCUGAACUCCUACAAAUAAAAAAAUAAAAUAAAGGGUAAACCAAUGAGUGAUAACACUGAGACUUGGUUGAUGUUUUUACAAUCUAUUUAAAUUUAAAAAAUUUAAAAUGUAUUAAGAUAAAAAGUUUUGCACCCAGAAACUUGUAACCAGAGACACUUUACACAUGGUAUGUUGAAAUGUCAAAAUUCAUCUAAAUCUAAAUUCCCCCGGGAUAACCAAAAUGUUCUGAUUCUGACUCUGGGACAGUUAGGGGAAGAAGGGCUGGGCGAUAUAGCCUCAAAUCAAUAUCAUGAUAUAUUGAGCAGUUCACCUCGAUAACGAUAAAUGGACGAUAACUACUCCACAAGCUGCUCACCUCCUCCCACAUUAACUUUUGAACCGUCCUCCAUCUCCUCACCUGUCUUUCCCUCUUUGUUACGGACUGGAUGGGAUGGAGUCACAUCUCUGACGUAGGACAGUGUUUUAAAGGGACAUGAGACCAUAACCUAUACACAUCCAAAACCAACUUUUAUUUAUUUAUUUAUUUAUUAUUUUGACACCGACUAUACGGAUAUGGGCACAAUGACGUUGGUUAUUGUCAUAAAUUUUGGUAUCAGUAAAUUUUCAGUUUAUCGCCCAGCCCUGCCCUCUCAUAUAAUAACACAGUUUUAAAGCUCUUUAAUUAUGAUCUAAAUUUUUCAGUGACGCAGUUUCAUCCCUAAAACUUGAGGUGAUUCUGCUCUUAACACUAAAUGACUCCGUGAUGAAAUCCAGUCCUGCUCCUCCCUCUUGAAAUAUUUUUUGUGCAGUAGGUGGUCAGAGAGCCGAGGGCGUAUUUUCCAACAGGCUUUGAAGUGAUUUUAUUGUCGGUGUCUGUGGCGCAGCAGACCUCCCGUCUCCACACUGUGUAACAUUUGCUUAAUUCAGUGUCAGGUUACGUUGAUGGGUGGGUGAAGUCUGUCUGUACCAUAUGGCUGCUGUUUGUUUGCUUCAGCUGGAGCAGUCUUGUGUUCUCAACUGUCUCCGCCGCUGUUAACGCUGCAUUCUCAGGAGGUUUCGCAGUUGUCACUAAUUACAAAGCUCGCUGCUGAAACAGAAAGGCUAAUUGAGUGAUUGAUGAGCUGGCAUUUUUCUCAUCUGUGCGUUUUUUAUCUGCUCAGCUUUUGUCAGGAGCGACAAGCCGAAGAUGUUCAAGGGUCUUCAGAUCAAGGUAUGGAUGAAAGAGUCGUGACUGAUUAAACUCAUUAUUAGACGCAUUAAGCUUCAAGUAAAAACAGACAAAUCAGAUCAUGUCUAGAAGAAGCUUUGCCAACAUUCCUCUGAAUAUUUUCAAACCUGCUGUCCUCCUCACACGUCGCUCCUCUUUUUUCUCUCUUUCCCACACUGCAGUACGUGAGAGGCUCCGAUCCUGUGCUCAAGCUUUUGGACGAUAA